GAGAGCGAGCGAAUCAACCUGUGGCAGGCCUUGGUACCCCCGCCUGCCAACGAAGUCUGACGAAGAACAUGAGCAGCAGCGGGCGAGGAACGAAGGGCUGGACCUGGACGAGCACGAGGACGAGCAGCACGACGAACAGGGAGCGAGAGAAUCGGGAAAUUUGCUCGCAGGCAGGCACGCAGGCAGGCAGCGAGGGAGUGAGGCGGUGUGGGCGAGCUCGGAGAGCAGAGGUGAGCUGAGGGCGAGAGCAAUGGCUGCCCUGAGUGCAUGUGGGGUGGUGUUGCCGGGGUUGAGGAGCUCUUUGGUUCCUGCAGCUGCUUCACGCUCGAGCGAUGCUGCUUCGUGUUCUUCCACAUCCGCGGCUUGCGCGGUGAAAUCGUCAGCUUCUGCGAGAAGAGGCGGAAUUUCAGCCGGGAGUUGCAGUCUUCAACAGCGCGGGGCACCCGCAUGCACCUCUGGAUUCAAGGGGGUGACUCUGCCGAUUGUCUCGACUUCGAGUUCCACCAGCCGCGCCUCUCGUCGAGCCCCUCUCUCUGCGCGCUCCGCGCUCGUGCAAAAAGUAACGGCGAAGGAGCUGGACGACAUUCUUACGAACGCCAGAACUUCUCCGAUGAUCAUUGAUUUCUACGCGACUUGGUGUGGGCCAUGUAUAGUACUUGCGCAACAGCUGGAACAGUUGGCCGUGGAAUAUGGCGACGAUGUGAGGUUUUUGAAAGUCGACACUGACGAGGAACAUGAACUUGCCACUCAAAUGGAGAUUCGUGGCUUACCCACAAUGGUAUUCGUCAGUUCUGACACAGAAAAACUGGCUAUCCGCACCGAGGGUUUGCUGCCAACUGAAACCAUCCGCAACAUCAUCGAGAAAGAAUUAUAACGGGCUUGAUCCGAAUUAUUAUACGUAUUAUACUCCGCCAGGAGAGAUUUGUAGCAGUAGUGUAGGACAAGGUUUGCGUCUCACUCCCAGCUGUAUUUAUGAGCUCUGCUCAAUAAAGAUUACUCUUCG